AUGUCUGGAAAGAAGGCAUUGGUCAUUGGCCCUGGCUUCAUCGGCUGGAACGUGCUAGAUCUUCUGCUCUCUGAUGGCUACGCUGUCACUGCAUAUGUCCGCCGAAGGGAGCACGGCACUCAGUUGGCAGCCUCAGGAGCUUCCGUGGUUAUGGGUGAUUUGGAAGACAGCUCCAAGAUCACUGAGCAAGUCUUGCAACACGACAUUACCUUUCACACUGCAACGGCAGACCACCUACCCAGCGUUGAGGCAGUCCUUGAGGCGAUCAAGCAGCGAGCCGCUAAAGGCCUUCUGACAACUUUCAUUCACACUUCCGGUACAAGCGUGCUCGAUGACGGCUCGUUCAGUGCCUACAAGAGUGACAAAAUCUACUACGACAACAAGCGUGCCGAAGUCGACGCCGUGGCCGACGAUGCUCCCCACCGACCAAUCGAUCUUGCCAUUGUGAAAGCCCAGAACGAAUUGGGUGACAAAGCCAAGAUAGCGAUCAUGAUUCCACCCCUGAUAUAUGGCUUCAACCCAAGACACAGACGUCUAUCAAUCCAGAUCCCCACUUUGACGCGCUUCGCGCUGAAACACGGCUAUGCGGCUUAUGUUGGCAAAGGUCAGGGAGUCGAGUCGAACAUCCACGUGAUGGACCUGGCUCGGGCAUACAUCGUCCUGCUUCACCAUCUCGAGAAGGUCACUCCAAAAGAUACGUUGGAGAAUCCAUACUAUUUCUGCGAGUGCACUGGUGAUGAUGAGCCAUCUUGGUACGAGGUUGCCAAAGUGAUUGGCGAAGGUCUUCAUAAGGCAGGGAAGAUGGAGGAUGCAGAGCCAAGAGAGCUUAUGAAAGAGCUUUGGGGCGAUGCAUUUGCGGACUUUACUGCUGCUGUUAUCGGUCUCAACAGCAGGAGCCGAGCGUUGAGGCUACGAGAACUUGGAUGGAAGCCAAGAGAGAAGGAUUGGAAAACCUCAUUUCUUGAAGACGAACUGCCUGAGAUUCUGAAAGAGGAGCAAGGUGACUUCGCAGGCUACACGGGCAUUGUGACUUCGAAGUAAAACAGCAAAUGAAUCAAUGCGCGCCCUACGCCAUCG